CCCACCAUUUCUCUUUUCAUUCAUUGAGCAAAAUAUUCUCUUUUUUUAUCAAUGGGAAACUGCAACUGUUCAAUGAAAGCAGUGACAACAGAUGCAAGAAAACUAGAUUUUAAUUUCGCUCGUGUUAUGACAGAUUCUGGAGAAAUAUUAAACCUUAAAGGUCCAAAAUUAGUUCGACAAGUCCUAAAUGAAUUCCCAGGUUACAAUAUUUUUAGUUCUAAUCAUUUGUCUUGUCCAUUACAUGAUCAAGAAUUACUCGUCGACGGAAAAUUCUACUAUCUUCUCCCUGUGAUUGAAAAAGAACGAAUAUCAGAAGCAGAACAAAAAGAGCCAAUUCGAGUUUCUUCGAGUAAUUUGACAAAAGGUUCAGCUAUGGAAGUUUUGCCAGCUCCACGAGAAGGUGUUUGGAGAGUGAAGCUAGUUAUCAAUCCACAGCAAUUAGAGGAAAUAUUAUCAGAGGAAGGGAAUACAAAUGCCUUAAUUGAGCAAAUGAGAUUAGCUGCAACUGCUAAUUCAGCUACAAAGCACAAAAGAAAUACUUCUUGUGGUGUUAAUUGGAAAUCUACUCUUCCUAGUGUAUUUAAGCUGCCAAAUGAAAAGCAAAAUAAAAUACUAGCAUUGGAUCAGUCCUCCACCAGCAGCCCUAAAUGAUAUAGCUCUUUUGUCUCCGGUGGACCUUACACGACACGAAUUUGAAUUGGUCGGACCAGUAGAGUGGGAAGGGCCGAGAUGAAGGAAAGUGGAGAAGCAAAAAAUAGUCCGUUAUAUAGAAGGUAGAUUAGAUUCGACCAUGUACAAGAGUAUAACAAAGACUUCCUCGAGUAUAUUAGUGAUAACAUCGAUCGUGAUCUUGAUACGGAGCUGGAACUGCUAACUAGAAUAACAGGUCCUUUAAUAGGACCAAUAGCAGUUGGUUUAUAUUAGUGAUUAGUGAGCUCUAAUUUGUUUACUUACUAGUUAACAUAUGAUCUCAUUAGUGAUGGAAAAUUACAGGAUUUUCACUAUAUAUGUUGCUAAUUAAUAUCUCUAAGGUAGUCAAUUGUAUGAAUCUAUGAAGAUUUGUUAUUGGAAAGUUAAUUGUGUUUAGCUGCUUAA